CACAGCCUGCGCUCUGCUUGCUGCAGCCUUUUUAAUCGUAGUUUGCAGGUUCAGAAUCUUGAACCCACCGCCUUUAGCCCGCGUUUCUCCGCAGUUAGGCUUCUCCUCUUGCAUCCAUCGCGCGCUCCCGUCGCGCGCCUCCUCUCACUUGCACAGAGGCAGCCCCUUGCUUUCCUUAGGACCUCCAGGUUCUUUUACACACGGUUAGUGCCUUCUUUCUGCUGCAUGGUUGGCGGUGCAGGCUAUUUCUUCAGCCACAGGUAAUCCCCUUUCGGGGAUUUCAUCUUGAAGUGAUUUUGCUAGGACCCCCUUUAUAAAGAUCAACUAUUCUUAUCUGUCCCAUGGAUUUAUUAAACGGAGAAAAAGAACGCAGAAGUAAAUUAAUUCUUCAACCACGUAGGAGGAUUACUCAUUUGGUGUAACAAGAAACUAUUAGGGCGGCCAGAUGGAUUAGUACAUUUAGUCCGGGCAUUACGAGAAUGCUUGGGAGGACUCGGGAGAAAGCAGCGCUUCCAGUGAAUCAGAGGACAUGAAAAGCGGGCAACAUGGGUCUUGGUUGUACCGGUAAAACAAAAACUGCUUAUAGAAGAGAGAGGAAGAGUGUGCUGUAUGUGCAGCUUAAUAGUGCCAAAUGCCUUCAUUCAGUUUGGGAUUGAUAACUGAUGCAGUGCAGCAUAGAUCAAUUUGGAACCUGGAUUGUGUAUUAUCAAUGUAUUGCCACUUUAAAAGGAUAAAGUAAACAGAAAAUUCAGUUUUAACAAUAUUUUCUUUAAAAGAUUGCAAGGUGGAGCAUUAAGAGGGAGCCGAUGACGGACGUAUUAAUCCUUUCAAUGCAUCAAAAACGCCAAAAGGUCUUGGAAACGUUAGGCUGGAAAUUUUGUCAGUCGUUAGACAGGAUUUUGGUUUUAUAUGAAACCGGAGAUUAGCUUUUGGGUUUGCUGUGUACCACAGAUAUCCUGUGUGCUUUUUCUACCAGUGAUGUGGUAAAGGGUUUUGGUAAUUGUGCUCUUAAAUUCUGUAACAUACUCUUUUCCCCACUGGAAGGCCUCCUGCAUCUAAAUGGAAUUAGUGAAGAUCGAAGCCCCUUUUUUCAGUAACAGACAUGAUACAUGGGCGCAGCUUCAUUCACGUUAUAACGAGUCUCGUCAUACUAGAGUUGUCUGGGGCGACAAAAAAAGGAACAGAAAAGUUAUCCACAUCGGAAGGACAAUUUCCCAUUCAGUGCGGUUCUUGGAUAAAAAAUGCAGAUGGAGGCUUCUUCACCUCUCCAGAGUAUCCGAACAAAUACCCUCCCGACAGAGAGUGCGUCUACAUUAUAGAAGCUGCACCAAGGCAAUGUAUUGAACUCUAUUUUGAUGAAAAAUAUUCCAUCGAACCUUCAUGGGAGUGUAAAUUUGAUCAUAUUGAAGUACGAGAUGGACCAUUUGGAUUCUCUCCAAUCAUUGGGCGUUACUGUGGACAGCAAAGUCCACCUUUUAUAAAAUCUAGUGGGAGAUAUUUAUGGAUUAAAUUUUUUGCUGAUGGAGAACUGGAAUCUGUUGGAUUUUUGGCAAGGUACAACUUUACACCAGAUCCUGAUUUUAAAGAUCUAGGAGCACUAAAGCCAUUACCAGUUUGUGAAUUUGAAAUUGGAGGACCCGAAGGGAUUGUUGAAUCAGUUCAAAUUGCUAAGGAAGGAAAGGCUUCUGCAACUGAAGCAGUUGACUGCAAAUGGUUUAUUCGAGCACCACCACGAUCUAAGAUAUACUUGCGAUUUCUGGAUUAUGAAAUGCAGAAUUCAAAUGAAUGUAAGAGAAAUUUUGUUGCCAUAUAUGAUGGGAGCAGCUCAGUGGAAGAUUUGAAAGCAAAGUUUUGUAGUACUGUGGCUAAUGAUGUGAUGCUUCGUACGGGGCUCGGGGUUGUUCGCAUGUGGGCAGAUGAAGGCAGCCGAAAUAGUCGAUUUCAAAUGCUCUUCACUUCAUUUCAAGAACCUCCUUGUGAAGCGGAUACAUUUUUCUGCCAUAGCAACAUGUGCAUCAACAACACACUAGUAUGCAAUGGUGUUCAAAACUGUGUAUAUCCUUGGGAUGAAAACCACUGUAAAGAGAAAAGAAAGGCCAACCUUUUGGAUCAGCUUACCAACACCAGUGGGACUAUAAUUGGAGUAACCUCCUGCCUGGUGGUUAUGCUUAUUGUUAUUUCUGUUAUAGUUCAACUCAAACAACCUCGUAAAAAAUUUAUCCAAAGGAGAACAGACUUUGACCAAACAGUAUUUCAGGAGGUGUUUGAACCCCCUCACUAUGAACUAUGUACUCUUAGAGGAACUGGGACAUCAACAGAUCUUGUCGAUCUUGCUGAUGAUCUUGAAAAUUACCAUAAACUGAGAAGAUCAUCUUCAAAAUGCAUUCAUGACCAUCACUGUGGAUCUCAGCUAUCUAGCACUAAAGGAAGCCGCAGUAACCUCAGUACAAGAGAUGCUACAAUCAUGACUGAAGUACCGCCCCAGCCCAUAAAACCUGUAAUUCAGCCCAUUAACAGAAGAAGCAUCUUAGUCAUGAAGCACAGUUACUCGCAGGAUGCAGCAGAUGCAUGUGAAAUUGACGAAAUUGAUGAGGUACCGACCACAAGUCACAGGCUCUCCAGACAUGACAAAGCUGUCCAGCGGUUCUGCCUGAUUGGGUCUCUAAGCAAACAUGAAUCUGAACACAACACAACUAGGGUCUAAAAGAAAACUAAGACUGCUAGAGAAUAGUGCAUUCCUGGAUGAUUUCGAAACAUGCUUCAGUGAGAUCUGAAAUUGAAGAUCCUGGACAGAAAAGACUUGAGGUUGUAUGGACUCCCUGGAUUACUUUUCUCAUUGUUGAUAAAAUAUGAUAAACAGUAUUCAGUAAACUGAACAGAUGGCAAUAAGAAAACUAUUUUUACAAUGGAAGAAACAAUUUUCAAUUCAGGAACUCUUUGUUAAAUCAGGUAUUUUGCCAUUACCUGGCACCACAAUAUAAUGAUUUUUAAAUAUGUUAAAGAAAUUAUCAGCAAUAUGGCAUAAUGUUCUAAUAGUAUAUCCUACCACGUUUGAUACAGCUCGAUUCAUUUGAAAAUUUCAUUGCAUUUUUUGAUGCAUUGUGCAAUGCAUGUAUUGGCAUUGAGUUUUGGGUGGCUUCUUUUUUUUUUUUUUUUUUUUUUUUUUCUUUUUACUUUAAAUGGUUUUGCUUGCUACUUGUCAUAUUUUAUAUGGGAUAUAAUAAACAAUACAACACAAGUGUCUAACAUAAUUUCUUACCCCCAAUUUUACAUUAUUUAUUUGGAAAGAUAAGACACAAUGACAUUUUCAUUACCUUAAUGUAGCUUGCAUAUGAAAAACAUUUGCAAUGUAUGUUCUGCAUGUUCGGAAAGUCCAUUCUGAUAUACAGGUAGUUUUAUAGGUUGUUUUAUUUCGUAUUAUGCCAAAAAGUUAUGGGAACUACGGCAGAAAUAUGCAGUGAAAGAAAGUAAUGUAAUCAGAAUUCAUGUUGUGGUAGCUUUUAAAAUACUUGCUCUGGUCUUUCUUUGUUUCAUUUUGUCGAUCAUGAAAGAAGCUUACAUAUCAAUCCAGUUUGCAUACUAGCGUUUUAUGACAUUUCAACAAAUUAAAUGUGUGCAUUUUUUAAUCAUAUUGUUCCUUGGUAGAACAUGAUGCUUUGUGCCAACAAAUUAAAGGGCUCAGCAAAGACAUAUGUCACUAAAUAAAGUGUGUUGGAAGAUGAAAGAAGGUAAAAUAAAAAAAAAACACACACUUUUUCCCCUAAAUAAAUUCUGCCUAUUGAACAGGAACACAUCAAGAACUUGUAUUUAAAAUCUGCUUUGAUAAAACAUGGUAUUGCAGAUCAACGCAGUAUUCAUGAAAGUUCAUUAUUUUUAUUUUACAUGGCCUGAACAUAUUGCUUCUGAAGACUCUUGAGUUGCCAUAAUGUUUUUUUGUGACAAUUGAGUUGGGUAAAACAUUUCCAUGUUUUUUUUUUAAAUAAAUUGUUUUUCUUGAUUAGGAAUAAAGGUUUGAAUGUGUCUGUA